AUGAUAUACUUUUCAGACGCAUCAGUAUACCAAAACUUCCUCAUCUCGCCACGGAUACCCCCAGAAAUUGUUCUCCAAACACUCCAACACAUUCCAUUCGGCAAUGGAGCCCUGAUAUCUGCUCUGCGCAAUGCGCAUCCACGGCUCCGCACACUAUUCAGCACAUACGAACAAUCGCUUACGCGCUGCUUUAUGCAAAAGGAGCUUCGCCACGCGGAAACAGAUUUUCCAUGUAAAAGCGACUUCAGCAUCGACUGGCUGGCCGAGUGUGUUCGAAACUACGACAUUAUAGACGACGUCAUGGAUGCUCUCUGCUCCGACCACAACUUCAACGCAAUCAUGCCACACAAUACGUUUCUAGCCUACACUGGUUUAAUACUCAUACACAGGAUAUCGUUGCUCGAAAAGCAUGAAGAUGACGGACAGUGUUAUAUUGAGUCGUUGCAUAGAGAUGCGUUGAUCGCCAUCUACCUUGUACUCCACCACUCGACACUCGCAGCGCGGUACCACGGCUCCGGCUGGAUCAACCAGCGCACAUACGGGUCCGUCAUGCAAGCAGAGCACUUCGAACUGCGCAACGCGCUGGAAUUCUGCUUUGCAGAAGCUGCACUGAGUAUCGGCCCGGAAUUCGUUUCUGAUACGCUGCUAUAUCAUGACCGAUCGGAUUGCGAGACAACGUUGCUCAAUUUUUAUCACGACUACGGGAUUCGUGAGGGGGAAGGGGUGUGUUUGAAUGUAAAGGGUCGGGUUGAGGCACCGAGGACGCAGGGACCAAGGCGGGAAAUGGAUAGGAAGGAGAGAAGCUUGUUUACGACGUUGCUCAAGUGUUUGGCUGAACGGAUGCAGUGCGAAGUGCGUCAUGUGAGGGAAAGGGUGGAGUGUGAGCUUGAGAAGACGCAUCAUCCUUUGGCGAAUCUGACGCUAGGCGGCAAGGAGUGGUUGCUGAAAGGCAAGGAUUUGGAUCAGAGAUGA